CAAGGCCCCGAGGUCAUCGCAGGUACGCUCAAUCUCUCCUCCUGCGCUCCGUCGUCUCGCGGCGACCAGACUCCUUACUCUCCCGGGAGACAGCUCUGCUCCCCCGCAUGAUGCCCAUCUCCCAGCUUGCUUGGCUGUCGAUCUUUACCAAGGGUGCUAUACUAACAUGCCACUUUCUACCAACAGGACAAAUCUUCAGCUACCCAGUCCGACACACCUGGGAAUUCACGAGCGAGAACCCCAUCCGAAGCGUCUUCCCACUAUGGCCCGUCUACGGUCUCCCCAUGCUCCUACUCCGAUGGCUGUGGAUCGGUAACGGAAAAGAUGGCGAGAUCCCCCGAUCGCCCUUCGUUUUGGAAGAUUGGGCGCUUCACGAGUUGAUCCAGUCACCCAGGCACCGUCGCGUCGCUGUCCUGCUGGUUGCUUCCUCCUACGUGACCUGGACUUAUCAGACCCAUACGUUCUCCAACUCGGUGGAAACACUAGUGGUUGCGUGGAGUCUCGUCCUGAUUCAGCGUCUCGCCGAUGCACGGCAACGAUCAUGUGUCCUAUCCUCUACUAUUCUUGGAGUAGUCGCCGUCUUCGGAGUAUUCAACCGAAUCACCUUUCCAGCUUUUAUCUUCGUCCCUGGGCUUCGGUUGAUCCCCGUCUUCUGGAAAAGGCCCGCAUCUUUUGCAGCCCUGGUUUUGGCUGCCCUUACGACCUCAGUAAUUGCCAUUGCGCUGGAUACCGCAUUCUACCUCCCUGAACCCGUUACCUGGGCCGGUCUAAUCAACAACCCCGUAAUCACCCCUCUCAACAACUUCGUCUACAACUCCGCGACCGAGAACCUGGCCCAGCAUGGCAUCCAUCCUUGGUAUCAGCACAUGGUCGCAAAUUUGCCGCUAUUGCUAGGUCCCGCAGCAGCGCUACUCAUUUUCAAACCCGACCUCUCUCUACGACUUUACUCGGCGAUUUCGGGUCUCCUCGUCCUAUCGGCCUUCCAGCAUCAAGAGGCGCGAUUCCUCCUACCGACCGUUCCCCUGUUGCUCUCCUCUAUCCAUUUGCCAAGGAACAAGGUCGUCUUACGCAUUUGGCUAGCCGUUUGGAUUAUUUUCAAUAUCUUCCUGGGCCUUUUGAUGGGCAUCUAUCACCAGGGAGGAGUUGUACCGGGACAGGUGUUUCUAAGCCAGCAGCCAGAUGCGACUCAGGCCAUUUGGUGGAAGACUUAUACCCCUCCGGUCUGGCUACUUAACGGCAAGAACGAAGUGCUCACAACGAGAGAUGUAAUGGGCAUGAAGGGCGAUUUACUGCUUGAGCAGCUGUCCCAACUCGCGACGUGUGACACCCCCGCAGAUCGACGGAGCCAGGAGUAUUUGAAGGAGAAGAACGGCACGUAUCUGAUUGCCCCGGCGUCAGCGACGUGGCUCGACCCCUAUCUCCCGAACAAGGGGUUGGAAGGACUGCGAUUUAGGGAGGUUUGGCGUUAUCGACGGCACUUAAAUCUGGACGACAUGGACUUUGAGGACGAUGGCGUUUGGGGCACCCUGUCUAGAGUAGUUGGGCGGCGGGGUCUGGUUGCUUGGCGAGUCACCAAAAGCUGCCCGAAUUGAUACCGGGAUAGGACACACUUGCGUAGACUUAAUUAAUGAUGACCUCAACUUUUUUUCUUGGGGCGGCCCAUGAAUUCA